AUGGAUUUCUUUGACUUACCUACUCAUCUCCCCAAUGCCAGUGGUCCGGUGAAUGAAGAUGGUCCCGAGGAGACAGGAACUCGUAUUGAAUCACACAAACCUUUAGAAUUGCCCUCAAAUGAGGGAUAUUCAGCCAAUGAACCACUCAAAACUGAGGAAUCAUCCCAACCUCCAAAAGAUGAAGAUACAGAUGAAGAGCUUUUAACUAUACAAGGUACCAACAUUAAACUCGAAACGGAGGAAGAUAUACAGAAAUGGAUCGAAGAAAGGAAGAAAAAUUGGCCAUCCAAGCAAAAUAUCGAACGUAAGAAGGAAGAACCUCCAGCCAAAAAGGCCAAAAAUAUAUGUAAGUUCUAUCAAAAGAAUAAGAGUUGUAAGUAUGGGGCAAAGUGUAAGAAUGUUCAUGAAGAUAGUUUUGUCCCCAAUAGAUUCGAAUAUAAGAACGACCAAUCAUUGUUUAAGAUGUUGGUGAAGAACGAUCAACUUCAUGAGAAUAAUCAAUUCAUAGAGUUCUUAAGGUAUAUAGAUAAGAGAGGAGUAUUGAAGGAUGUAUAA